CUGUCUAACGCUAUAUUCAAUACGCACACGCUAAAACAAAGGAGUAAUUGUUGAAAUCAAAAUUCAUAAAAGCAUGACCUCAAAUUUGUUCAGUAAUGUCAUUGCGCUUAACCUCAUCUUUAAGCAACUAACAGUGAUCAUAAACAAGAAUAAAGAAGAAUUAUAUUGUUUCAUUUUGACUUAUGUCAGUGUUCAGGCAAAUGGCAUACAAUGGGAACGUUUAUGUCAACGAAUGUGAGAGUAGGGCAUUAAAAGAGUCAAAAUGGGAGUAGAUAUAGACACAUAUCGUGGAAGAAUAGGAACCUUCAAACACUCAUGCGGGCAAGAUGUUGUGACAAUAGUAUGUGUCAUAAACUUCAGCCGAGGUUUGAAAUAUGUUGGAGCUGUUUUGUUUAUAGGCAUUUUACUCCUAAUAGCAGGCAUUGAAGCAAACCCUGGACCAGGAAAACUACUCUCAUACUUGUUUUUUGUUGCAAUCGUGGUAGUUGGGCUUGGUUUAUUGUUACAAGGAGCAGAAUCGAAAGAACUUACAUUUUUCGCACUUUGUAUCCUGGCUGCUAUUGGUCUAUUUUUCUACGCAUACGCAGAACACCCAUCUAGAAGUAACAAAAUAAAAGCGGAAGAAAACAGGGAAGGUGAUGAAACACCGAAACAAACUUCUCGUACUACAGAUUCCAUCUUGCAGCGAGAUGCUGCCAUUCCGUUGCGUGUCGGAUCCCAGGAACCAGAUGUUACAGUACAGCUUCACGAAGACCACGGUCCAGAAAUACUACAACAAACGGUUAGUUCUCUGAACGUACAGGAAUCGGAUACGUCAGUACCACAAGCAAGUUCUAUGCUUAAAAAAGCUGAAGAAAACAGAGAGGAUAAAUGCAUAGAUGACAGUUUACAACUGCCAACAUUGGAUUCUGAUAAAAGUAGUCGUGCCCUUCCAAGAUCCCGACCGCUCGGAGAACCAAGUGGUACUUUCUUCUCGAUAUUUCUAAGUCACAUUUAA